AUGGGCGGCAGAGCCGGCUUCUUCGAGGUGGAAAUCCUUGAUUGGAAGACAAAGAAACAGCUAUGCUUCCUAGAUAAGGUGGAACCAAACGCGACAAUUAGGGAGAUCAGAUUGAUGUUCCAUAAAUUAUAUCCUCGGUGGUAUCCAGCAAGGCAGUCGAUAAAACUUGAUCCAAAAGGAAAGUCCUUGAGGGAUGAGGAAAUCCUGCAGCACCUCCCUGUUGGCACAACUGCUACCUUAUACUUUAAAGAUUUAGGGCCACAGAUAGGAUGGACGACGGUAUUUUUGAUAGAAUAUACAGGUCCAUUGUUCAUCUAUUUUCUGUUUUAUUUCCGCAUGCCUUUUGUCUAUGGACUGGAUGAGAGGUUUACAUCAAGCCCGCAUCCAGUAGUUAACUUGGCAUGUAUCUGCCAUUCUUUCCACUACAUCAAAAGGUUGAUUGAAACAGUAUUUGUUCAUCGAUUCUCCCAUGGGACUAUGCCACUGAGGAAUAUUGUGAAGAACUGCUUGUAUUACUGGGGAUUUGCAGCUUGGCUUGCUUAUUACAUCAAUCAUCCACUUUACACUCCUCCUUCUUAUGGGAAAAAACAAAUAAAUCUUGCUGUGAUCAUGUUUCUGCUGUGUGAAGCUGGAAAUUUUUCCAUUCAUGUUGCACUCAGUGACCUCCAGAGAAAUGGAUCCAAAAUCCGUAAGAUCCCAUAUCCAACAAAGAAUCCUUUCACAUGGCUGUUUUUCUUUGUAUCUUGCCCUAACUAUACAUAUGAGGUGGGGACCUGGAUCAGUUUCACUAUCAUGACUCAGUGUGUUCCAGUGGGGCUGUUCACCUUGCUUUGCUUCAUUCAGAUGACAAUCUGGGCAAAGGAUAAACACUACACCUACCUACGAGAAUUCAAGGAUUAUCCAAGUCUUCGAAUGCCAAUUAUUCCCUUUUUGUUGUAA